GAGAGAGAUAGAGAGAGAGAGAGAGAGAGAGAGAGAGAGACUGUAGAGUACACUAGCAGACACACAAACACAACAUAAAGGCCAGCAGCCUUUAAAAUACGAGCUCACAAUCAGCAAAAAAAGAGAAGAAACUACAGGAUGGCUCACUGGACCAAAUUUGAGAAGGAGCUGGAGCAGGAGGUGAAGAGACUGAUAGCACACAUGACUGGCAUUCAAGAUGAAGAGGACCAAAACUUCCAAAUGGCUCUCAAAUUCGCCUGGUCAAAUUUCAAGUUUCACCGUUUCCUGGAUGUCAGCAGCCACAAUGUGCAGCGCUCAAUAAAUGGAAUAUAUGAGAAACUCAUGGUGCACUCAGACCUGUGUAAAGCAGAGAGCUGGACACGACUGACUGAGGAAUUCCUGAACUCCCCUCUUCCUACUGCUGAGGGUACCAUGACUGAUAUCCACCAUGGGAUAUUGGCGCUGUUACUCUUCCUGUCUGAUUCUCCAUGUAAUACUAACUACAGUGAAAGGCCCAGACUAAAAGAAUCUGAAAUGAAAGACACCUUUGACUGGGCUAAGUACUUAAUGGAAGGAGAGGAUAUUGAAACAGGGCCUUUUCCUGACACUCCAGAGUGGUCAGAGGAUGGAAGCGAGGAAGAAGAAAGUCAGCAGCCCAUCAGCAGAGAGGAUUCUGGGAUACAGGUUGACAGAACACCACAGGAAGAUCAGGAACAAAACAAUAAGACAGUACAAGUCACUUGGGCUGUAGGUGAACCAGAUGCCCGGGCUUGGCUGGAGCUGCAUAUUGUGACCCCAUACUGGGUUCCCCACUCACCUCGUUUUCCACACAGCCUCCAUCUACACUCUAAUCUGCUCAAUGUCUGGGAUCAGCAUCUCUACAACACUGACCCACUCUACAUGCCUGAGGAAAAAGCCUUUGUCACUGAAACACAAGUGAUUCGAGAGACCUUAUGGCUUUUGUCUGGGGUAAAGAGGCUUUUCAUAUUUCAGCACCAUGAUGGAAAAGUAAGCGUGCGGAAUGAUGUGGUGGUCACCCACUUAACUAAUAAUUGUUUGAGAUCAGUGCUGGAACACAUAGCAGCCUACGGCCAGGCAGUGUUUCGUCUCCAGAGGUUCAUUGACGAGGUGACUGGUCACAGUUCAGAGCCGUGUCCUCCAGGCCUCAACUCUUCAUCUUCUUCCUCCUCCUCUUCAUCUAAGAAGAACUCUGAGCCCCCUUUCAGAACCUACCAAGCAUUUGUGUGGGCACUGUACAAGUAUUUUACCAGCUUCAAAGAAGAGCUCACUGCCAUCGAGAGAGAGAUUAUUGGCAAAGAUGAGACGGUGACAUUGUCCUCUGUGCUGGAGCGUCUCAGCCCUCACCUGGCUCAGAUCACUGUGCUGCAUAGAGUUUUUUGCACCGGGGUGGCUGAUGUUCCUCCUGGCACGCCAAAUGUGGUGCGAGCCUCACACUUGCUGAACACACUUUACAAGGCCAUCAUUGAGUACGAUAGUGUGGGUGAAGCUUCUGAGCAGUCGGUGGCACUUCUUUUCUCACUCUGGGUUGAAACAGUCAGGCCAUAUCUGGAGAUAGUGGAUGAAUGGAUUGUUCACGGUCACUUGUUUGACCCAGCCAAAGAGUUUAUAAUCCAAAGGAACAAGGAUGUGCCUGUGAACCACAGGGACUUUUGGUACGCCACCUACACACUGUACAGUGUGUCUGAGGCAGUGGAGAGUGAGGAGAGACUAAGCGAUGCUGCCAGUGGAAGUUCUGGAGGAGAGCAGAGCUCCAGCAGCAGACAGCACACCAUGGUGUCCUUCCUCAAGCCUGUACUCAAGCAGAUAAUCAUGGCAGGAAAGUCCAUGCAACUUCUGAAGAACCUGGACUGCAAAGAGACGGAGCAGGCUGACGGAUCUUCCAGAGAUGCAGAGAGAAAAAGUCUCUAUACACUCUUCCUGGAAUCAGUACAGACUCGACUGCGACGCGGCGAGGAGUCACCCACGGAUACAGUUACUGAGCAACAAGCCACAAAGAGGAGUCUAAUUAAGAUGCAGUCCAUUGUGGCCCGUCAUCUGGAAAUGGACGACAUCCAUGACCCCCUGCUGGCCAUUAACUUUGCCAGGUUAUAUCUGGAGCAGAAGGACUUUCACGAGACGUUUUCUGGUGGGGAUGUGAUCGUGGAUCGUUCAUCAGAAUCAGUUACAUGCCAAACGUUUGAGCUGACUCUGCGCUCGUGUCUGUAUCCACACAUCGAGAGGAGAUAUAUUGAGUGCUGUGGGAACCUUAUGAGAACCCUGAAGAAGGACUACAGGUUACUAGGAUACCUUCAGGCCAUGAGGAACUAUUUUCUGCUGGAGGCUGGUGACACUAUGUAUGACUUCUACACAGCCAUCUUUGACAAGGUACUGGAGAAGGAGAGCUGGCAGCAGCUGGCAUUCCUCAACGUGCAGCUGCAGGAGGCUGUGGGACAGCGACACCCGGAGGACAGCAACAGAUUGUCAAUCUUUCUGGAGACUAUUGAUCCUACAAGAAAAAAACAGCCAAUCAACAACCUUGAUGGUCUUACUUUGAGUUAUAAGGUUCCAUGGCCUGUGGAUAUUGUUAUUAGUUCGGAGUGUCAGAAAAUCUACAAUCAGGUUUUCCUGCUCCUUCUACAAAUAAAAUGGGCCAAAUACAGUCUAGAUACAUUGCGAUUCAGUGAUUUGACAGCAGCUGCUAAGAGACACGAAGGAGGCCAGUUUGAAGAGUACACUGGCAAAGAGCCUAUAAAUCAACAGAUCCACAGAAUGUUCCUACUGAGGGUCAAGCUAAUGCAUUUUGUUAACAGCCUGCACAACUACAUCAUGACUAGGAUCCUACACAGCACAGGUUUGGAAUUUCAGCACCAAGUACAAGAAGCAAAAGACUUGGACCAGCUCAUAAAAAUCCACUACAGAUAUCUGUCCACAAUCCAUGACCGCUGCCUUCUCAGAGAAAAGGUCAGUUUUGUCAAAGAAGCCAUUAUGAAGGUCCUUAAUUUGGUUCUCAUCUUCUCUGACCGAUGGCAGGCUGGCUUUGGAGCAUGGAAAAUUGAAUCUAUUGACAAAAUGGAAUCGGAUUUUAAGAACUGUCACAUGUUCUUGGUGACCAUUCUAAAUAAGGCUGUCUGCAGAGGAUCGUUUCCUCAUUUGGAGUCUCUCGCCCUGUCUCUGAUGGCUGGUUUUGAGCAGUGCUAGACGACUGUCAACCUCAAACACAGCAACUCUUGACAGCUAAAGCUGAAUGGCUUCUUCUGUACUGUCUAUUUUUUUCUCAUCCUUCUAGGAGGUCUGAGUUUAUAGCACAUGGUGAACCAGCAGUGUCAAUCAGCAGCUCUUUUUCAUUGUCUAGGUAGCUGUGUGUGAGUGUGUGUACGCACAAGGGCAGUCAAAGUGAAGACAAGACAUUGCACAUUGUAAUUUUGUGAAAGCAGUUAAAUUGUAACUGCUGCACUUAAAAAUUGUAUAAGGCAAAUUUGUUUUCCUCAACAAGUGUAUAUACCAUUAUAGGCAUGCAAAGAAAUGUAUGAAUGAAGAGAUUUUUGCUACUGGUUAUGUGUGUGUCCGAAAAUGCAUAGGGACAGUAUUUUUUGUGAAACUGAAUGUUAAAUGAGUUAAAUGCCUGUAUAUAUAUAUAUGUCUAUAUGCUAUUUCAUUGUGUGUGUGUGUGUGUGUGUGUGUGUACGUAAGUACGUACGUAUGUGAACGUAUGUGAAAACUAUUUUACUCAUUCAAUGGCUGUUUGUGCACAAUAAAUGAGUCAAAAUUGUAAA